AACCGAGUUUGUGCUCCUCAUGUAUUAGCAUACAUUUGUUCGCAGAGCUAGCCAUUGACUUCGAAAAGUUAGUACACUCGUGGCAUUUGAAAAACGCGAAAGGUCUUUUAAUAACAUUCAAAAUUGUUCUGUAGAUAUCUGCAGAAUCCGCAAAGAUGUUCCUACCCAUCUGGACUUUAAAAAACAUUUUGUCCACUCAAUGAUAAGUAUUUUGAACUCGUUUCCCAAGUUGCGUCCAUGUUUUUGUAAUGCAAACAAAGAUGGCAGCCUUGAUUUAAUCCAGACAAUUAGUUUUUAAUAACUCCGUGGCCGCAGUUUUUUGUUUUGUUUUUGUUUUUCAUUAGAAUGAUUAGAAGAGUCUUUCAGUAUUUUGCAAAUACGUUCAGGAUACAAGUCAGUUUUUAAGCGGCCUUCUAAUAUAACUGGAACUGCUUAGACCACUGCAGUUUGACCAGCUUCAACAAUCGGCCCUCUCAGCAUAGUAAUGAAUCAUAGUGAAGCCCGUGAGGGGUCUGUACCAGGCAGAAGACCUUCCAGUUCUGCCUCUACGAUAUCUGUGGGUGCCAAGGGACAAGCAGCACAGAGUGUUCAAAGGCCCAAAGAAACAAUAACUCCCUUCCACAGCUCCCCCAUAGUUGGCAACGAUGCAUCUCUGCGUAGCAGACGACCAGUAGCUUCUGGGAAAUUACUAGCAUCUCCGGACAGCUUGUUUCUGGGCAUAUCUGGACAUCUCACUACUCUACCCGUCAAAGAAAAACCUGCUGCCACUGGCGCCACCACUGCUGCUUCAGCUACUGCUAGAAGCUCAGACAACCAGACUCCUAGUUCAGGCUCUGCACAAGCCACAGCAGGAGAAAAAGCACAAGCAAGUCCUCUUAUUGCCAAGCUUGCUGGCAAAAAGACAUCUAAGCCGGCUCUGACAAUCUCACAGAUGGCUGGACUGCCGUCUAAUGCAGAGCUAUAUCAGAGCCAGAGAGGCAAAAGCCAAGAGAAGAGAGCUUUCUGCACCUCCGUCAAACCUCGGGCUGCAGUGAAGCGGAAGAAAAGGAAGAUGGGAAUGUACAAUCUGGUUCCCAAAAAGAAGACCAAAGCUGUUAAACUGCACGAAAAGAAAGAGGAGCCAGGAGCCUGCGUGGAAAAGAAAGACAUUGCAGGAGAAGAAAAACUUGGGAUACUACCAGAGACUGCGAAGGCUGGAGAACAGACAGCUGUCAUAAAUGAAUCCCAAGUACGGGAGGUGGAAUCUGAAGAAGGCAGCCAUGUUGAAUACACAGAACUGGCUUUGGACUGUCUGGACCUGAAAGCUCAGGAAGAGCUGCUCUCCCCCCCCCUGUCAGGUGUAGCAGCAGAUACUGAGGUGACAGAAACAGACCUGGCUGAAGAAUUACCACUGUGCUGCUGUCGUAUGGAGACGCCUAAGAGCGGAGGAAGCCUGUCUGCACUGGACCAGACCUGCAUGGCAAUGGAGAGCAUAGAUGGAAUGCUGAGUCGUUGUCAGAGGCGAGUGAUGAAGGAAGAAAUGAUGCGACCCUCCAACACGGUCCAUCUGCUGGUUCUGUGCGAGGACCACCGUGCUGGCAUGGUCAAGCACCAGUGCUGCCCUGGCUGUGGACUCUUCUGCAGGGCGGGCAGCUUCAUGGAGUGCCGACCAUAUGGCAGCAUCUCUCACCGCUUUCACCGUGACUGUGCCUCCAUCUUGAAGGAUCGUAGGUUUUGCCCCCAUUGUGGAGAGGAUGCCAGUGGGGCAAAAGCGAUUACAGUACCGAAGGCUGAUCAGUCACCUUUUGUGCCCAGAUCCAACCUUGAGCCGUCUCUCCCUGCCAUACCUACUGUGGCUACUCUGCCAUCAGUCCCAACCACACCUGCUGUUCCACAAAUACUUAGAGCUAAGAAGACCAGUGAGCCUCAGAAGGGCAGAGACAACAGCCAGAGCAGGUUAAAAGAUGAAGAUGUGCGUGCUGCAGACAGACUUCCUAAAGAGUCACUGGAGAACAUCCUGAUGGCACUGGAUGAUGAGAACCUGAAACCAAAGAAAGUGAAGUACCCCACCAGGCAGCUGUACAUCUCUGCAAAACAAGGAGACCUCCAGAAGGUCAUUCAUCUUCUAGUUGAUGGGAAGGAUCCUAACGUUUUGAUGGAGGGCCAAAACAGACGUACCCCGCUUCAUGGAGCAGCUUCUGAGGGUCACCAGGAGAUAUGCCACAUGCUCAUCCAGGCUGGAGCCAACCUGGACAUCUUUGAUGAGGAGCAGAGAACACCAUUGAUGGCAGCGUGUGAAAACAACCAUCUGGACACAGUGAAGUACCUACUAAGAGCCGGAGCAGCCACCAGUCACAAGGAUAUCAUGGGUUUCACCUGUCUGCAUCUGGCAGCUAAACUGGGACAUUAUGACAUAGUCAGCCAUCUGCUCUCCAAGACAUCCAAAUACAUCAACUGUCAGGAUGACGGAGGAUGGACUCCCAUCACCUGGGCUAUCGAGUACAAGCACAAGGAGCUGGUCCACCUGCUGCUGGCCAGAGGGGCUGAUGUUAACAUAAGAGACAAGGAGGAGAAUGUCUGCCUGCACUGGGCAGCACUGUCGGGCUGUGAUGACAUUGCCCAGGCUCUGCUGGAGGCUCAGUGUGACCUUAACGCUGUCAACGUUCAUGGGGACUCACCGCUUCAUGUUGCUGCCAGAGAGCACCACCUGGAGUGUGUGAUGUUGUUUUUGUCUCGUGGAGCCAACAUCUGUCAGAGGAACAGGGAGGGAGAGACCGCUCUAGAGUGUUGCAACGACGGCUCCAAGGUGUGGAUGGCUCUCAACACCAACAAGAAGCUGACUGAUGCCAGGAGAGGACGGGAAUGCCAUGGAGAAAGAGUACUCAGCAGGGACAUUUCCCGAGGGUACGAGGCAGUUCCUAUCACCUGUGUUAAUGGAGUGGACAGCGAGCCGUGUCCCGAAAACUUUAAAUACAUACCAGACAGCUGUGUCACUUCCCCUAUGAACAUUGACAAGGACAUCACUCACUUACAGCACUGCAGCUGUACAGAUGAGUGCUUGUCCAGCACCUGCAUGUGUGGUCAGCUCAGUCUGCGCUGUUGGUAUGACAGUGAGGGUCGACUCCCUUUAGACUUCUGUCAGCGGGAACCUCCGGUACUGUUUGAGUGUAACCAUGCCUGCUCCUGCUGGAGGACCUGUAGGAACCGUGUGGUCCAGAAUGGACUCAGAGCCCGACUGCAGCUCUUCAGGACACAGAGGAUGGGCUGGGGAGUAAGGGCCAUGCAGGAUAUACCUCAAGGAACAUUCAUUUGCGAGUAUGUAGGGGAGAUUAUCACUGAUGCAGAGGCAGACAAAAGAGAGAAUGACUCUUUUCUCUUCACCCUUGACAAUAAGGUGGGGGACGUCCACUGCAUUGAUGCAAGACUCUUUGGCAAUAUCGGCCGUUUCAUCAAUCAUCUGUGUGAGCCCAACCUGUUGGCUGUGAGGGUGUUCACCAUGCACCAGGACCUACGCUUCCCUAAGAUAGCCUUCUUCUCCAGCAAACCCAUCAAAGCUGGAGACCACAUAGGAUUUGAUUAUGGCGAUUCCUACUGGAGGAUAAAGAGAAAACACUUCAGCUGCCAGUGUGGGUCUCUCAAGUGUCGCCACACAGCUGACAGCAGAUAGAAACGCACAGAUGACCUCUGAUCUCUUUCGCUCUCUGGACACAUUCUGUCACUGUCAAUGUUUUCUAUGGACUGAUCUCUUCUUUGAACAUGCAUUUUUACAAUUUUCAAUUAUCCAUUAAACACAUUCUUAAAACAUG